GCGGCCGGACGCGUGAGGCGGCGGCGGUUCGAGGGGCGGCGGCACCGGGGCGAAGCCGGGUCCGUGGUCCCGGUCGGGGCUGGUGUCCGGGGGCUGCACCGCCGGGACCGGGCUCUCCAGGCCGUGAGGAAGAUGACGGCGGAGCGGGGUUACUGGAACAGCCUGACGGCCCUGCAGAAAGCUGCCGUGGUCCUGGGGAUCCCGGCCGGUGCAGCCGUCUUCUACAUCCUGUACCGCAGGUACCGGGAGAGCCGAGAGGAGCGGCUGACGUUCGUGGGAGAUGAGGAGCUGGAAAUCGAGAUGCGAGUGCCCCGGGCGGCCGUGAAAUCCAUCAUCGGCCGGAAGGGAGCCACUAUCAAAAAACUGAGCCAAGAGACGGGGGCUCGCAUCGAUGUGGAGGGAGAGGACGAGGGCGAGGAGACGGCGCUGCUGAUUUCGGGCUCCCCCAGCCAAGUCUGCCGGGCGAAAGCCGCCGUCCACCAGAUCGUGACGGAGAGCGCCCCGGUGUCGGAGCAGCUCUGCGUGCCCCAGAGAGCCGUCGGCAGGAUUAUCGGCCGGGGCGGUGAGACGGUGCGGGGCAUCUGCCACAGCUCGGGGGCCAAAGUGCUCUGCGAGCGCGAGGCCGACGCCGGCCUGGCCCCGAUCAGGGUCAUCCAGCUCUCGGGGACGCGGAAGCAGGUGGCAGCGGCCAAGAAACUCAUCAUGGAGAAGCUGAUGGAAGACGACGCUUUCCGGAAGGAGCUGGCCCAGUCGACGGCGAGGCGGUGCCAGCGCAAGCAGCCCCUGGGCAGCCGGUGGGAGCAGGAGCCGCUCCCCGACGGGGUACCGGGGCAUGGUGAAGAGGAGGGGGGCUUGUCCUGGGGUGAAGGCUCGCUCCUGGGCCAGGCUCCCUUUGAGGAGGCGGAGGAGCUGGAGGAUGAGCUGGAGGAGCCGGCGGCAGGGCCUGACGCGGCAGUGCCGAAAUUUGAGGUUCCCAGCCCCGAUUUCAGCUUCCACGCGGACGAGCACCUGGAAGUUUACGUCUCGGCCGCGGAAAACCCCAACCACUUCUGGAUCCAGAUCAUCGGCCACCGUAGCCUGCAGCUGGACAAGCUGACCGCCGAGAUGCGGCAGUACUACCAGAGCAGCGGCCGCGCGGCAGAGCUCUCCUCCGUCCGAGCAGGGGACAUCGUGGCCGCCCCCUACAUGGAUGGCAGCGACUGGUACCGAGCCCGCGUCCUGGGCACGCUGGAGAACGGCAGCUUUGACCUUUAUUACGUGGAUUUUGGGGACAACGGGGAGGCCCCCCGCGAGGCGCUGCGAGCCCUGCGGAGCGACUUCCUGAGCCUGCCCUUCCAGGCCAUCGAGUGCAGCCUGGCCGGGAUCCUGCCGGCGGGGGACGGGUGGGAAGAGGCGGCCCUGGACGCCUUCGACCGCCUCACCCACUGCGCCGCGUGGAAACCUCUGGUGGCAAAAAUCUCCAGUUACGUCCAGUCCGGGCUCGGCACGCGGCCGAACGUCAGGCUCUACGAUGUCCACCACGAAAAGAACCUGGACGUCGGAGCGGAGCUGGUGCGGCUGGGCUACGCCGUCCCCUGUCCCCAGGAGGAAGAGGAAGGGGCGGUGGGUGACGGCCCCCCGCCGCUGGCCCAGGACGCCACGGCGGAGACACCGGAGAACGGCACCGGCGCCUCCCUGGAGAGCCUCUUGUCGGAGCCGCCGAGGGGUCCCGGCGAGCCCCCCCUCACCCCGUCCUGCCUUUCGGACGGUGCCUCCAGCAGCGGUGAGGACGUCGUGGUGACGGAGGGGAGCUCCCGGUGCCCCCCGGAGCAGGAUUGUCCCCACGGAGCCCCCCGGGAGCACAGAGCGGGAUGGACGUGAUGCCCCCCCCCACCGUUACCGGUCGUGGCUCGGGGGGCUCCCGGUCUUUCCCCGGUUCUGGUCGGAUUGUUUUUGCCCCAGCCCGGUUGUGCGGUGAGGGGGGAGAGGGGCUGCGGUGUCCCGGGUCAAUAAACGGAACGUUUCGGA